AUAAAUUACUCACAUAUACAUGCAUACUACUAGAUGUUCAAAGAUACAUAUAUAAAAUACACGUGUACAAUAAUAUGAAAUCGAUACCAAUACAUAUAAUGUUAGCAACGUAUGCAUACACACUUGUGAAUAAGUUGCAUAUACAUAUAAACUUGACGCGUGCAUACACCUACAAACACUCGCAUAUACAUAUAAAAUUGAUCCGUGCAUAUAUACCUAUUAAACACUCGCACAUACAUAUAAACUCGCUGCAUACAAACACACCUGCACAUUCUCGCAUAUACAUAUAAACUUUGGUCCAUGCAUAUACACCUACAAACGCUCGCACAUACAUAUAAACUCGAUGCAUACUCACCAAUACAUUCUGGCAUAUACAUAAACUUUGGUCCAUGCAUAUACACCUACAAACGCUCGCACAUACAUAUAAACUCGAUGCACGCACACACAUCCAUAAAACACUCGCGCAUACAUACAAAAUAAAAUUCACUAAUGAAUAUAGUUCAUACAAGAAAGAGGUAUGAUUUAAUUGUGAACAUACAUAUAUUUGCAAGUGAUUUCAUAUGUGGAUGUGCGUGAACUUUUCAGUGUAAACGGAAGGCAUUUCAGUAUAAACGGAAGGCAUUUCAGUAUAAACGGAAGGCAUUUCAGUGUAAAAGGAAGUAGUUUGAGCGUAAACGGAAGGAACCUGUAAUUGCCGCAUUUACCAUCAUGGACAGAGAUCGUACAACUGAAGCAAUUAACAUUUUGCGAAAUGUUCUUGCUUCGCCUACUAUUAUUAGAUCAAUUGCUAAUUCAGUUGAAUCCAGUGUGUCGCCAUCUGCUCAAAUGCAGUCAGAAACAGAAUCUGAAUUGCGCACUUUGUUUCGGCCUUCGACGUCUGGUAUACAAAGCAUAAAUAACAGGCAAACGAUGCCAACAUCAUCCGGAGGCGAAGUUCAAGGACCACGAUAUCAGACUCGCCAGCAGUAUGGCAAUUGGCAGUCUCGAUGUAGAAAAAGGCCAAAGACACAGUACCAUCGUACUUUUAAUAAAGAUGUUAUACUGUUGACCUCCCCUGACGAUAAUGCAGUAGUAAAGCAAAAGAAUAAACAGCACUUGCAUGAGAUUGGACACAUAUUAAAUGCAUUUGAAUUUGACAAAUCAUGGGACAGCAUGACGGUUUUGAGAAAAAUCAAAGAAGCCUUCAAAGAAAAAGUGCCACCAGAUGUAAGUUUGGAAAUACUUAUGGGAUGUGGCAACAAGCUCAUUACACCCAUGUUAAGUAAAGGUCAAGAACUGAAUGGCAGCUUGAUUUUAAAGGUGUUCAGGUUGAAGGCCUUAUAUGUAAAACCCUCAAGACCACUACUCUUGGCUGAAACAGACAGCUCUGAUGACAGCUGCUUUGAGGUUGACAUGCCUGGUGAAAGGGUCUACCAGUCUGAGGGUGCUGUUCCUGAAGAGAAUGUGACCACUGACUUGAAUGAUCAGUCUUCCACACAAAACAUGAUUUCAGUUCACAGCAUUACUUUUCAGUCCUCCACCAGAGAUCAAUCCCCCACAAGGGCUCAAUUCUCCCCCAGUUUCAUCCGUGAUCAGUCCUCAGCCAGUUCCAUUGGUGUGCAGUCCUCCACCAGAGUUCAAUCCCCCACAAGAGCUCAAUUCUCCACCAGUUCCAUCGGUGCUCAAUCCUCAGCCAGUUCCAUUGGUGUGCAGUCCUCCACCAGAGUUCAAUCCCCCACAAGAGCUCAAUUCUCCACCAGUUCCAUCGGUGCUCAAUCCUCAGCCAGUUCCAUUGGUGUGCAGUCCUCCACCAGAGUUCAAUCCCCCACAAGAGCUCAAUUCUCCACCAGUUCCAUCGGUGCACAGUCCUCUGCCAGUGGCCAGCCUUACACAAGACAGAACUCACCAGCUCAUUGUUGGCACAAUGACCAGUCCUUCAGAUCUGCUUCCUGGGAUGGUGAUUAUAAUACCUACCUUUCUCUCAUUCGGGCAGCAUCUGAAGAUGAGGAAGAGGAUGAAGAUCUUUCCUGUGCCAUAAUGGCAAGCAUUGAGGACCAGAUAAUCCCCCCUGAUGUGGAAAUCCCCAUCAAGCAAAUAUUGGAAGAACUUGCAACAAAAAUAAACUGGAAUCAAACCUGCAAGUUUAAUAUAAACCGUGCAUCUGUGCUGGAUGGUGCUGUACGGGGAUUUACAAGACUCUCAUACAAUCCAAAUAACAGAAUGGUGAUCAAAUUUUCUGAUGAUAAAGGAAAGUAUGAAGAGGCUAUUGAUCUGGGUGGUCCAAGGCGAGAAUUUUUACGGCUGCUACUAGUGGCACUAAUGCAGUCAUCAAUGUUUGAGGGAAAAGAGGACAGUCUCAACUUGGCUCUUGAUUCCCAAGCCAUCAGGGAGGACAGGUAUUUCAUAGCAGGGAGAGCAGUUGCAGUCAGCCUUGUACAUGGAGGACCUGCACCGGGUUGUUUGUCUAAGACCCUAUUUGACAGUUUAGUUCAGGGGCCAGACAUGUGCAUACCUGUCUUGGACGAUGUAGCUGACUUUGAGCUUUAUAAUAAAAUCAAAAAGGUUUCUGAAGCCACAACUCUUGAAGAGCUACAACACUCAACUGUGCCCAUUAUGGACUACAUUGCCAACGCAGGUUGUCUUAGGCCAUUAAGAAGCAUUGCUGACAGGGACAGGCUGGUUGAAGACUUACUGAUGUUUCAGGUGGUGAAUCGUGUUCGUGGACCAUUUGAAAGGUUCAGGGAUGGAUUAAAAACUCUUGGAGUCCUUGCAAAAGUCCAAAAACACCCAGAAGCUUUUAGAUCUGUGUUAUGUCACCAACCAAAUCAACUGACAGCAGAUAUAAUGGAUGACCUGUUUGAAAUACAGUGGUCAGAGAAUGGGAGCAACAAACGAGCGAAUGAGAACAGAGUUAUUGCUUUCUGGAGGGACUACCUGCAGGAUAUGGAAGAGGAGGGGUCACAAAGGCUUGGAGCAGUCUUAGCAUUUGCUACAGGAUCUGAUCAGGUCCCACCAAUUGGAUUUCAUCCUCCGCCUUCUAUUGCCUUUCACCAUGACACAGAAACUCCACAAAGAUUUCCAGUAGCAAAUACAUGCAUCAACUGCCUUCGACUGCCAUUAUAUAGCACAUAUGGUGCUUUUAAAAGCAACAUGGAAUUUGCCAUUAAUAAUACCCAGGGAUUUGGCAAGGAGUAAGUGACAAAAUUGAUUGAUGUUAAAGUUAUGA